UGCGCAUAUGGAUGCAGCGUGACACGCGUGUAGAGGAAGUGUAACUGCUGUGUGUAGUGAGCGGUGACUGACUUGACACAGGGACAUUCGCCACCGGUACGGGCCGUUAACAGCUCAUCUUUGAAACCCAAAAUGUCUUGGCUGUUCGGCCUUAACAGAGGGCAGCCCGAAGCUCCUCCGGAGAUGCCGGUGCCGCCACCUCCACCUCCGCCGGCCGGAGGAUCCGGUGGAUCUAGCGGUGACAGACCCAAGGACAAAUGGAGCAACUUUGAUCCAACAGGGCUGGAACGUGCGGCCAAGGCAGCCAAAGACCUUGAUCAAUCACGACAUGCCAAAGAGGCCCUGGAUUUGGCUCGGAUGCAGGAGCAGAGUGUUCAGAUGGAGCAUCAGACCAAGAUAAAGGAGUAUGAGGCGGCACUGGAGCAGCUGAAAGGUGACCAGAUUCGCAUCCAGGCCGAAGAGAGGAGGAAGACCGUGCAAGAGGAGACCAAGCAGAACCAGGCUCGGGCACAGUACCAGGACAAGUUGGCAAGGCAGAGGUAUGAUGACCAGCUCCGACAACAGCAAGCCAUCAAUGAAGAGAACUUGCGCAGGCAGGAGGAGUCUGUUCAGAAGCAGGAGGCCAUGAGAAAAGCCACCAUCGAACAUGAGAUGCAGUUGCGUCACAAGAACGAGAUGCUUCGUGUGGAGGCGGAGUCUAAAGCUCGGGGACGCGUGGAGCGGGAGAACGCUGACAUCAUCCGUGAGCAGAUCCGUCUGAAGGCCGCUGAACACAGACAGACUGUCCUGGAGAGCAUACAAACUGCGGGGGCAGUUUUUGGAGAAGGGUUCCGAGCCUUUGUGUCAGACUGGGAUAAGGUCACAGCCACGGUGGCAGGACUCACAUUGCUUGCAGUUGGCGUUUACUCGGCGCGGAACGCCACGGGCGUGGCUGGGCGCUACAUCGAGGCUCGUCUCGGCAAGCCCUCCCUGGUCCGCGAGACGUCCCGCAUUACUGUGGGCGAAGCCAUCAAGCAUCCAAUCAAGGUGACAAAGCGCCUGAGCAGCAAGCCUCAGGAUGCUCUGGAGGGGGUUGUGCUUAGCCCUGUCCUGGAGGAGCGUGUGCGUGACAUUGCCAUAGCGACGAGGAACACACGGCAGAACCGAGGGCUGUACCGCAACAUCCUCAUGUACGGCCCACCUGGCACUGGCAAGACCCUCUUUGCCAAAAAAUUGGCAAUGCAUUCUGGGAUGGAUUACGCCAUUAUGACAGGUGGUGAUGUGGCACCAAUGGGACGUGAGGGCGUGACAGCCAUGCACAAGGUGUUCGACUGGGCCAACACUAGCAAACGAGGCCUCCUGCUCUUCGUUGAUGAAGCCGAUGCAUUCCUCCGCAAAAGAUCCACUGAGAAAAUCAGUGAGGAUCUGAGAGCUACACUAAAUGCAUUCCUGUACCGCACUGGAGAACAGAGCAACAAGUUCAUGCUGGUCUUGGCCAGUAACCAGCCGGAGCAGUUUGACUGGGCAAUAAACGACCGCAUUGACGAGAUCGUCAACUUCGCCUUGCCAGGGCUGGAGGAGCGGGAGAGGCUGGUGCGCCUGUACUUCGACCGAUAUGUGCUGGAGCCAGCCACUGGGGGGAAACAGAGGCUGAAGCUGGCCCAGUUUGACUACGGACAGAAGUGCUCGGAGAUCGCUAAGCGGACCGAGGGGAUGUCGGGCAGAGAGAUCUCCAAACUGGGCGUCGCCUGGCAGGCGGCAGCGUACUCCUCUGAAGAUGGCGUGCUGACGGAGGCCAUGAUCGAUGCGCGGGUGGAAGAGGCCAUAAGGCAGCACCGGCAGAAGAUGGACUGGCUCCACACGGAGGCGACAGGGGAAGGGGAUGGCACCGUAGGGGCAGCCGUUGACCUGGGCAAGAUGGGCUUCACAUUGCCUCACGGAACGCCUCCACCGCAGGCCUUCUCUGGGAACAUUCUAGAAUUACUGUCCCCCUUCAGGGACCGCAAAAUGGGGGAGGGGACAGGCAACGGGACAAAAUCAGAAGCACCGCCUCCCAAGGACGGCACUCCUGUCUAAUUGGCCUAGUUUACAGUCCAUCACUUCUCACCGUCUUUCCUCCAAUAACCUCAAUUACUGACCUCCGGCCUGUUUGUGUCUAAAGACCAAUGGGAACAUCAGGAGUCAUUUUAACAUAUGUCUCUAUUUCAGAGUCCAUCCAUCGUCCCCAUCAGAUUCCGGCACAGGCACCACAUCCCCCAGUCCGCGAGCAGGGCACAUGUGUCACCCCAGACAUUGCACGUUACAUUAAAUUAUGCACUUGUGACACUUGAUGCCAGUGCUCAGGAACGGGUGAUCCUCUGCUCAUGCAAGGUGGUGGGGUAGAGUUUCUGGUACCUAGGCACCACCUUGGUGUGGUUCUGGGACUUAACCACCCAUUAAGCUGUGGCCCAGCACUAAAGAAGAGGAGGGGAUGGGGGAGAGAGAGAUGGAUGAGACAUUAAGGUGCUCUGGGAUGGGGACUAAGGAGUUUAUGAGCCACUGAUUGGGCACGGGUCAUAUCCAGAAGGCCACUGUUACCUGUUUGCCUGUAGUCUGUGUUCAUGUGAGAGGGGUAAGACGUAGAACUGUAUUCAUGAGAAGAAUGAUUAUAAAUGGUGUGAUGUUCUGUAUUUUGUGACUGAAUCAAAUCACCCUGUCUGUGUAAGUUUACUUUACAUGAAGGAAGAAUGAGCUAUAAUUCCAUGUCACUAAUAUAAAGUGGAUAAAUAUUAAUCAGAUGGAAAUGUGUGUUUUUAUGAACAGUAAACAUAAUGAUUUCUUAAA